GACCACAGUUUGUUGUGCGGAAAACUAUUUUAAAGAUCUUUUGAACCAUCAGCAUAUUUUGUUUUUUCACUAGAAUAAUGCAAAGGUAAAAAAAGUAACAUUUUGAGAAUUAACGCGAAGGGAUUACUACUAUUAGCUGGAAUUAUUUCUAACAUUUACCUCCCUGUGUUUGAAGACUAAGUCAAAGUGUCAAAUGGCAUCAAAGGGUUGGUAAUAAUCUACAACAAAUUCGUACAAAUAGGUCAUAGAUCAACAUGCACGUUUCGCAUUGGUAUCUAACCGUUAUCAGUGCCUUCUUUAAGGUUUCAGCGGUGGAAUUUCCUAAGCAUUUUAUGGAAGACAACAUUAACAAAUGCCUGAAAGAGUUAAACCAUACCGAAAGUGACCUAAACAAUGUUAUGGACGAUGCUUACUACAUUCUUCACAAUCCGAUCGCUCGCUCCCACAAGAAGUGUAUGUUUACGAGGUUGAACAUGCUGAAAGAUGGCAAAUUCGUUAAGGAACCGUCGGUUGAUUAUCUUGCCGCGAAGGUUGUGCCGUUUUACAAUCCCAACGCCAGAAAUCAUGCUGCGGAAGCCGCAAAGGUCUACGACUUGUGCGUAUACGUUAAGGGUGCUGAAGACGGGGAGAGGGUUGUUAAUUUUGCGAACUGUGUCAUCGAUGAGAUUCGCAAGCUUUGACUAAAUUCAGAUUUAGUUGAUUGUACUACCUACUGGCAAACUAGGACGUUUUAACCAAUAUAUUUGCAUUUGUACUUCAACCAAAAAUAAAGUGGAUUUGCCUUGAUAUAGGAUGA